AUGAUGACGUUUCUGAUCUUGGCCGGUUUGAUUGUCCUCCUGCUAACAGGCAUGCCAAUCUUUGCCGGACUGGGGCUGACAUCGCUGAUCAUAAUGUUGCUGACGGAAGGCAACGUGAACAGCGCAGCCGAUACGGUGUUUGCCAAACUGAACAACGGACUUCUAACGGCGAUACCGAUGUUUGCCUUCAUGGCACACGUGAUGAUCCGUGCUGGUGUGGUCAAGGACCUUUAUGACGCAGCCAAUGCCAUGGUCGGCCAUCUGCGUGGUGGUCUUGGAGUUGCAACGAUCCUUUCCUGUACCAUUUUCGCAGCCAUUUCCGGUUCUUCUGUUGCAACGGCGCUGACAAUCGGCUCGACGGCCAUCCCGCAGAUGAAGCGCUUCAGCUACCGCCCGAGUUAUUCCUACGGCGUGAUUGCGGCUGGCGGUACGCUGGGGAUCUUAAUCCCACCCUCUGGACCACUCAUUCUUUAUGCAAUCGUAACCGAGGCAUCGAUCGGAGCUCUCUUUCUAGCCGGGUUGUUGCCGGGUAUCAUGAUGGCGGCCAUUUUUGCAGUCUGGGCGAUGAUCAGCGCCGGGUUUGGGAGCGCAGUUGUCUCCCAACCUUUUGCAGGCAUGCGGGUCAUCUGGGCGCGCAUAAGACAGUCGAUCUGGGCCUUGUUGAUGCCGCCGGUCGUGUUAGGCGGGAUUUACCUCGGAAUCUUUACAGCGACUGAAGCUGCUUCAAUCGGUUGCCUCUACGCUCUGUUAAUCAGUGUUCUGGUUUACCGGAAUUUCGGUCUCCGUGACCUUUGGGUUACAGCGUUUGAGACAGUGCGCACAACGGCUAUGCUUUUCAUGAUCCUGGCGGCUGCUGCGCUGUUUGGUCAUGCAGUAACCAUCAUUCGUCUCCCAAUCGAGAUCGUCGAACAAGUGACGGCAAUCGGACUCAGCCCCGCCCUGUUUGUCGUUGCAGUUAUGUUGCUCAUUCUUGUGCUGGGCAUGUUCCUCGAGACAAUCUCGAUAAUCCUGAUCACGACGCCAAUUGUUUUUCCUGUAAUGCUGGCACUUGGGAUCGACCCGAUAUGGUAUGGUAUCCUGCUUAUGAUCAACCUCGAACUUGCGUUGAUCACACCUCCCGUGGGGAUGAACCUUUUCGUCAUCAAAGGUAUUGCCAAAGCCCCUUUGUCCGAAGUAAUCCGCGGCGCCCUGCCCUAUGCAGCGCUGAUGCUUCUGGGCCUGAUCCUCGUCUUUGCAUUCCCAGCUUUGUCCACAUGGCUUCCCGAGGCGGCGGGGUUCGGAGGCUAA